AUGCGAUGGCUCAUACUUUUGUGUUUAACUAUACCUAUAGCCUAUUCAAAGCUACGUUCAAGUGAAGUUGUGGAUCCAUUAGAACGAGUAGACUGUAGCCCAAUUCCCGGUUCUACUAUUGACAAUUGUCCAGAUUAUUGUCCAUAUCAUGAAGCAAAGGAGCAGGUAGUAUAAUUUUUUGUUAUUAAUUUUAAAAAAUUUUAUACUUCCCCGUUUUUAAUUUUGUGACCAAAAUCGUUCAAUAAUACUAUAUAUGUACAGUAAUCUACCCUACCUUAUUCUACCAUCCCUACUCUAGUUUAUCCUACAGCACCCUACCCUACUGUACCUACCCUACUGUAUGCAAGCAUUGACUCUUUGGUAUAACCCUACUCUAUCUUAUUUUGUGUUAAACCAUAUUGCAUUUUCACUACAACAACACCACAUAUUAUUUAAAAAAAUUUUCAGGCCGAAGCCAACGUCCCAGCCUGUCAUUUCCCUCGACAAAGCGGUUACUUUGCUGACCCAUAUGAACACAACCCUUUGACCGGAACCAACACCUACAAACUUCGUAUCAACCCAUAUUCGGCCAAGAAUCCCUAUGGCGAAACAAGUGAGAAGAUCCGAGUAGAAACGGCAGAGAUUGGAUCUGGAUUGAGAAUCAAAAUUGGUGAUCCAAAUGCUUAUGAACCAGAUAUUGAGUUGGAUAAAAGCCCAACGAUCGAAUCUGAUGAGAAAUUAGUUUUUAAACUGCACGAUGAUGAACUUUUCACUUUUUCGGUUGAAAGGGAAUCGAACAAUAAUACGAUUUGGGAUACUUCGAUUGGUAAGUAUAUUUUUUUAAUUUUUAAAAAAGUAAGGUUUUUGUAAAAGGACACAAGAGACAAGGUAGGAAAAAUUAAGAACGGUAGAUAAUGUAGAGUAAGGUAGGGGUACAAGAAAGAAAAGUAGGGUAAAGCAUGGUAAGGAUAGUAAUAGAGGUAUUGGUAACGGUGAGAUAGGGGUUAGGAGUAGGUAAGGCAAAGUAGGAUAGGUUAUGAUUCAGUAGGGGUAUUAUUAGAUUGAACCAAAAGUAGCGGGACACAUAUUAAUUGAAAAUAACUGAAAAGUGUCCCGCUACUUUUGGUUCAACCUAAUAUUAAAAGUGAAGGUAAGGGUAGGAUUAGAGGUACACGGGUAGGGGUAGGGAGGGAAAAUUGGGAUAGACUAUGAUAAAGUAGGGGUACUAUUAUAAGUGAAGACAGCGGUAGGAAAGGAGUAUACAGUAAAAAAAACAAGACCAAAAUAAACUCUAAAAAAUUUUUUAAUUUUUCAAAUUUAAAACUACCGUUCACAAUGCUUGAAAAAAUUUAAAAAUAAACGUUUUUCAGGCGGUCUAAUCUUUGGUCCCCAAUUCAUCCAAAUUGCCACAAAAAUCCCCACAACUUCGAUCUAUGGCUUCGGUGAAAACAUCCAUCAAGCCCUGAAACACGACUUUUCAAAGUACAAAACCUGGCCACUAUUCGCCCGUGAUCAACCUCCAAAGUCAGAUGUCGAAAACUUUAUGAAUCUAUACGGUGUUCACAACUUUUACAUUGGAAUCGAAGAUGAUGGCAAAGCUCACGGUGUUUUCGUACUGAACUCUAAUGCUCAAGAAGUUUCGACCGGUCCAGCGCCACAUCUGGUCUACCGCGCCAUUGGUGGCCAAUUUGAAAUUUUCUUAUUCCCUGGCCCAUCAGCUGAAGAUGUGAUAAAACAAUAUCAACAAGUUAUCGGAAAACCCUACUUACCGGCUUAUUGGGCAUUGGGUUUCCAGCUGUGUAGGUAUGGCUACAAGUCGCUGCAGGAUAUGAGUGAUACCUUGGAUCGAGUAUUGAGUUACAAUAUUCCUAUUGACACCAUCAUUCCGGAUAUUGACUACAUGGAGAGGUAUAAGGACUUCACGGUUGGACAAGAUGUAAGUCAACAAUUUUCGUUUUUAUACCUAAUUUUUUUAAUUUUGAUAGUAUUUAGCUCUACCUUUUCAUUUCUUGUCUACAUUUUGAUACCAAAAUUCCUUUCAGAAAUGGUACCGCCUCCCCAAUUUUGUAAAAGAGCUGAACAAGAAAGGAAUGCACGUUACAGUAAUCCUAGACCCCGCCAUCCAAGUAGACAAUGCAAUUUUCGAUAACGCCAACUCCAAGAAUGCCAGUUUCAUUUCAUGGCCUAGAAAAGAUCUAGUCCAGAAUAAAAUCAACGAUCUCUAUGAUAACACCAAAGGUACCACCCAUAUGUUAUCAGUAGUGUGGCCGGAUCGUCACAUCGUAUUCCCCGACUUCUACGAUGAUACACAGAAAACAGCAGAAUGGUGGCAGAGCGAGAUUCACGACUUCUACGACCGUGUCGGCUUCGAAGGCUUGUGGAUUGAUAUGAAUGAGCCAGCGGCGUUUGCCACCAACGACCCCAACCCAUGGUACUACGACAACCCGGACCAUCCCAAUAUAGAGCCAUUAUGGUGCCCAACCACAGGACUAGAUGCCUACCAUGAUAACCCUCCCUAUCGUACCUCGGCCGCUUAUCAAUUCGGCAAAGAUUAUCCUUUGGCUGGUAAUACCAUUUGCAUGUUGGCUACAGCCAACCGAGGUAAAGAGACCUUUUACGAUGUAAAGAAUCUGUAUGGCUUGAAGGAAACUAUUGCAACAUACGAUGCUCUACGUAACGCUACGAAAAAACGUGGUCAAGUGAUUAGUAGAAGCACAUUCGCUUCAUCUGGUCACUAUGGAGGCCAUUGGUUGGGUGAUAACACUGCCAGAUGGGAGGAUUUGAGAACUAGUGUCAUUGGAGUUCAAGAGUUUAACAUCUUUGGUAUACCAUUUGUAGGUUCAGAUGUGUGUGGAUUCAUCGGAGUGAGCAAUGAAGAGUUGUGUUUGAGAUGGCAGCAACUCGGUGCUUUUCAUUCGUUUUACAGGUAUGGUAGGGUAGGGUUACCACAGAGUAGAGGUGUAUGUAGGGGUAAAACUAGAGGCAUAAAUAGAGUAGGGGUAGAAGUAGGGCAAAGUAAAGCUUUACACGUAACAUCAGGUGAAAAUGAAUUAAAGCUAAAAUUUCAGAAACCACAACGACCUUCACCAACCCAACCAAGACCCUUCAGUAUGGCCAUCAGUAGCCAAAGUGACAAGAAUCGCCAAUGAAUACCGUUACCGUCACCUGCCCUACCUCUACGCUCUGCACUACAAAGCAUCCCAAAACGGAGGUACUGUAAUUCGACCGGUCGCUUUCGAGUUCCCAGAAGACAAAAAUACGCAUGCCCUCAGCUAUCAAUUUAUGUGGGGACCAGCAGUACUUGUUAUACCAAAUGUAUGGCCCGGUACAACUACGGUCAAAGGUUAUUUGCCAAGUUCUGUUUGGUACACUUUCUACGGUAAAAAUUACGGUAAACAGGUAGAAAAGUCUGGAGUUGUGGCGACUUUCGAAUCUCCAAAAGACACAUCAGCACCAGCUUUUCUACGUCACGGUGUGGUACUGCCUCGACAAGCCCCAGGUAUGAAUACUCAGAAAUCACGCGAGAAUAAUCUACAGAUCGUAGCUGGGCUCGAGAAGAUCGACGACCUCUUGUGGAAGGCAGAAGGUGAACUCUUCUGGGACGAUGGUGAUAAUGAUGCCUAUCUGCAUGAAAACAAAGUCAAUGGUUAUCGACUUUACCAACACAAACAUUAUGUCAUCUUCGUGACGGCUACACCAACCGUUGGUCGUGUUGUCAUUGUAAAAGACAAAGACGACACAGUUGACCAGAAGAUUCCACCGAUAGAGGAAAUUGAAAUCCUUGGCUACCCAGUCGAAAUCGACUUUGAUUCCAUUGAAGUCAACAACCUUAAAAUUUAUGUGAAUAAGACGGAAAGUAGCUACGAUGCUGGAAGAAAAUUGUUGAGAAUCCAGAACUCGCGAUCACCUUUCAUUCACCUACAAUCAUCGUACUCCAAUGGAUGGACUGUUUACUGGAGGAACAAAUGA